AUGGAGAGUCGCCCACUGAAGACCAAGAACGCGAGCGACCUCUUCCGUCGAGGACCAGCAGACUUCAACAAUCUAGAGAUCCGAAGCACAUGGAGCGGCAAAGUUGAUGAGCCUGCGGAUCUCCAGAUAUCGUUCCAUGUUAUAUGCACCCCAAAUACGCAGCUCCCUCUCCUGAAUCUCCGACCGUCGUAUAUAUCACUCGUCAAGACGUCCGUUCGUUGUCUCGCUUCUGAAUCGGGCAACGGGGAGUCAAGAGAAACCCCUCCGCGAAGUCCGUUAUUUGCGUUCGCUGCUCCGCUUGCGUUCUCUGCGCCGGUUUCUGAUGAUGAUGACGGAGGGGAGAGCUCUGUUUACGAUGAAUGUUGGGAUAAAGAUGGGCCGUCGGGCUUAUCUGUUAUACAUGAGGAGGAUGAGUUCUUGGAGAUGGAAUUGCCAGAGCCGGAGUCAGACCCAGAGCCAUUGGAUGAGGACGGUGGCCUUGAUGAAGAGCCUCCUGUUUCAGUAUCCGUUCCGAAAACUUCCAGUACCCAUGCCUCAGUUUCUGAGACGGGAUUGUCUGAACUAGGUUUGACGCGGUACCCUGAGGACGCGGGGGAGUCGGGGAAGCACACGGUGCAAGGGGAGCAGGAGUCCGAGAAACGGGAUCGCCGGGAUUCCGCCUUGUCCUUAUUUCAGUUGUCACCUCUUUCAGACUACCCGCCGGAGCUGCCCUAUGAAGAGUUCAAUUUCUCGCGGAGUCUGGGGAAGAGGUCCGCUACGGAUGCGUGCCUGUCGGACCAUGAGCAGGACAUGGAGGAAAAGAGGACGCAUCGCAGGAAUGUGUCGACACACAGCAGUGGCAGCCUUUGUAGCAUUGGGAUCGACUUUGCAACGCUUACAGGAGAAAUAAAAUCACAGACACGUCAUACCAGCGACAGCAUCGAGGGGGCCCCAGGAAGACACUCGAAUCGACUGAGCCUCAUUCCCGAGCGAGUAUCCAUGGGUGGACUUCCGCCUGAGCAGCAACAGCACUCGGAAGUGGACAAUUCCCACCAGGAAGAGACAGACGUUAAAGACAAUUCCCAAGAGAAAGAAGAGAGUACAGACUCAAUUGAAAAGUCAAUUCCUGACACGUCGGUUCCAGAAGCUGUGGCAACAGGCGACGUUGGCGCACAAUUGAUCGUCGAAGAAUUGGAUACCCAAACCAAAAUCGCAAGCGAUGAACUACUCAUUUCUUCAGAUACUGACGAAGACACUCCAUCAGAGUCCGAAGAAGAUGGUCUUGAGCUUGGCUCACCAACCCCAGUGAGAUCUUCGAAUCCUGUCAUACCACCCACUCCAACCUCGCUUACGGACACGGUUGCACACAAUGGGGUGACAAGCCACACUAAGACGGAAAAAGAUGUCGAAGAAGUGCCGCGGACGCCUAAAUCUGCGAGUGAUGGCCACCCUGGAGCUAAAGGGACACCAACCAAGGAUGAGGAAGAUGAUGAUCCCGGCUCGCCAACGCCAGUGAGACCUACGAGACUUAUUAUCCCGCCGACUAAACCUUUGGCAAAUGAAGACACGAAGAGCCCGUCGAUGUCAUCUAGCACAGAUGUCGCUUAUCCUGAAAGCGAAUCCUUCCAGCAUGUGACAAGUGAACCGGAGCUCGACUUGAAUGAUGGAAUCCUCCUUGUCAGCAACCCUCCACAGGCCAAUUACCUAACGUACAAAAUAUCGAUAACCGUUUCAGUCUGCUUACAAAAAGGAAAGCUACAUGGUUGGCAUGACUUGGUCAUACCCGGACUUCCUAGAUUGAGGAAUGGUGAGAGUGGCUAUUUGAUCUUUCUAUUACCAGACAGCUGCGGCAUGGAAUUUCGUACCACGAACUUUCGCAGAAACAAAUUUGUGGAGAAUUGUUUCUUCGCCGAGUUUGCUAUUUCAGGGGAUCUCGUCAUUCCGCUGCGUGUUUGUGAUUUGAGAUCUUACGGAAUCGUCAAGGAUUUCACCGUGGACUAUGAACUCCUAACUGACCACGAUGUAUCGAAUGGCAACAAAGUGAGCGUUGCCUACAAUGCAGUAUGCGAGCUAAAACUGCCUAAUCGCCGUAUCUGGGCUGAUAAGUGCUGCUUCUUCCUCGAUAUUGAGGGGGGUCCUGAGGGCUUCUACCAAUACGAGCUUGAUCAACCCUGCACGAAAUUUCCAAUCAUCUACCUGGCAUCAUGGGAUAGGCCUGUAGGCGUAGCCCACGUCCAAAUUACUUGUCCUCUAAAAAUCCUGGAGAUGUUCUGCAUUACCUGGGAUGUCAAAGACCUGACUCGACUGGAAACGAAGUGGAUUCCACGGAUCUAUCCCGGAUCAACUGGUGUUAACGGACAGGAGAGACAGUCUCUUCGAAAGAAGUUUGUCGAUGCCCUCGGCGCAGCUAACUGCUAUGAAUUCGUGGAAGCUGAGUAUGACGAUACGGAUGUGGAAGAUUCUGAUCCUGAGGUUUCCCUGCAUUAUGCGUUUUGGAAUGAUGAUGCGUCCCAGGACAAAGAGGUUGACAAGAUCUCGGGCGAAAAGGGUUCACCGAGGCUACAAGUCAAACUAAGCCCAUUAGUGUUAUGGCUGGUCAUGGUUAUUGUAGCCAUGACUGUUACACUUAUCCUCCGUGCUUUCGAUCCAAUGGGCCGGUCCUGGAGUAUGGAGUCGACUGCAAAUGCCACGCAUGUGGGCGCUCGAAAUGACCAAACCUAUCAUACCAACGCCAAUGAAGAAUACCACCUCUCAAACGACACUAGUGUUGAUAAUUCUCAUGGGGAUGGUCUGAGUGCGAACGGAACGCUGAACAUCGACCAAGACAGUUCAGAGUAUGAGGCACCCAAUGAAGGAGAAAAGGCAGCAUUGGAGACGUCAUCAGCGCUUCGAGACUCAGAUGUCAAGCCAGAUGAAUCCGAUCAACCCGACUCUGGUGUCAAACCUGGUACCUCUGCAACUAAGCUUCCCUUUAGAGACAGGGUCGACUAUCUGCUUGGAUGGAAGGGACCUACAUCCCAGUCGAGAGAUGAGGUGUCGUAG